CUUUACCCCCCACUUCUCGCUCCCUCAUUUUUCGACUUUCUCUUGAAUGGAAACACAAUGGCUGCGCAGAGUGGACCCGUGUUGCACGGCGACGACAUAAAGACAAUGAACUCUGGACUGGAAGACGAUACUCAAGAUCAGAUCAGGUCAAAUGAUUCUACCCCCACGCCGACUGGAAUCGCAACGCCUGAACCUGAUCUGGCCGAUAAGCGUCUGCCUUCCAUUAUGCACAACUACUUCCAGGUUGGUUCUUUCUCCGGUGAUAAAGCGAGUCUGCCACGGUUAUGGUCAUGUCUGUCGAAACCCUCUGAGGAACUUGAAUCAAAUGCGCAUACCCAACACACCUCCGGUUCCUCCGAGUCUUUUGUCAUGAUGGAGCAGGAAGAUGGGUCUGACAAGAUGGAGGAGGAACAUCCCAAUCUACACACCCCUCCACACUCCUUAUUACAGCACGAGUCGGAUGAGAUGGAACUCGGGACGAGUCCAGGAGUGUCCUCUAUCUUUACAACGCUGAAGAAUUACCUGAUUUCACCCACACAAACUCCUCCAGAAGACCCUCCUUCCCGCCGUCAAACCUCCCUCCCAGUAUCCAGCAUCUCUGACGACCCCGUUCUUGCUACACAUUUUUCCAAUCCAUCCCUCCCCCCUUUUCCAGAUGCCUUUCCCCUGACUGAAGCUCCCCUCGACCAUGAGAAACCGCACGUCUCAAUAUCUUCUGAGAAUCUAGCCAAGCUAACUGAAAACGCGCCCGAUGGGUCGCGUCUUAAGAAUACCCCACCUCUUACUCCCCGGGCCAUGUCCAACGAUGCCCCAACCGCCCAGGAAAAGACCGACACUUCUGCCCCACAAGAGAGCUCGCAGGAGACACCGCAAUCCGAGACAAAGCCGGAAGACAUGGAAAGCUCCACAGAUGAGAUCACUAUGAAACUCGAUGAAGCAUUCCCAUCUCAGCCCAAGUCUGAGACUGAGACUGCGCCUGCGCCUGCAACAUCCCCGGCCAACGGCGCGCCGACGGGCCCGAUCAAUGGUAAAUUGUUUGUGAAGAUCACCGAUGGUCGAGGGCUGCGGCCAAGUUUCGAUCCGUAUGUGGUGUGUGUAUUCGAAUGGAAUGAGUACAUCUCCAAAGGUGCUCGUGACGGCGAGGAGGAAAAGAAACGGCGCCAGCUGGAGUCAGAUGCCGAGGAGGCUGCUGGUCGGCCCAUGGCCAUUCCGUUGAAAACACGAUCUAGCUCUCACAACAGUGCUGUCGAGGGUGAUCACAAGGGGCGGACGCCCGUAACAGACCCGCACUGGGAUCACGAGGCUACCUUUGAUGUUAUGGGAGAUCAGUCAGAACUUGAUGUCACAGUCUAUGACCGCAACAACCAAGAAGCUUUCUUGGGUCACGUACGUCUCUGCAUCAACCUCAAGGAAGAUCACAGUCGACUAGAAGGCUGGUUCCCCUUGGUCGCGCGUGGUGCCGGCGACAACCAAGUGUCUGGAGAAAUUCACCUCGAUAUGAAGUUCGAAAAGACAGAUCGAAAGCAGGUCGGACCGAAUGACUUCCUCGUUCUCAAACUUAUCGGCAAAGGAACGUUCGGGCAGGUCUAUCAGGUCAAGAAGAAGGACACACAGCGUAUCUAUGCGAUGAAGGUUCUGUCCAAGAAGGUCAUCAUCCAGAAGAAGGAGGUGGUACAUACGCUCGGAGAGCGCAAUAUCUUAGUACGCACUGCGAUGACGGCAUCUCCGUUUAUUGUUGGGUUGAAGUUCUCCUUCCAAACCCCGACAGAUCUCUAUCUAGUUACGGAUUACAUGUCGGGCGGCGAAUUGUUCUGGCACUUACAGCGCGAGGGUCGGUUCCAGGAGGCACGGGCAAAGUUCUACAUUGCCGAGUUGAUUCUGGCUCUGCAACAUCUGCACGACCACGACAUCGUAUAUCGGGAUCUCAAACCGGAGAACAUUCUGUUGGAUGCCAACGGUCACAUUGCGCUCUGUGAUUUCGGUCUAUCCAAGGCAAAUCUAUCCCAAAAUGACACCACCAAUACGUUCUGUGGCACCACUGAAUAUCUGGCCCCGGAAGUAUUGCUCGAUGAGCAAGGAUAUACAAAGAUGGUUGACUUCUGGUCCCUGGGUGUCUUGGUCUUUGAGAUGUGCUGUGGCUGGAGUCCGUUCUACGCUGAGGACACUCAGCAGAUGUACAAGAAUAUCGCAUUUGGCAAAGUCCGAUUCCCCCGUGAUGCGCUUAGCACUGAGGGAAGAAACUUUGUCAAAGGCCUGCUGAACCGGAAUCCAAAGCAUCGACUGGGCGCCAAUGGUGAUGCUAAGGAGCUAAUGGCACACCCAUUCUUCCACGACAUCAACUGGGAUACAUUGUGCCGCAAGCAAGUGAUUCCUCCGUUCAAGCCGCAGCUGCAGUCUGAAACCGACACAUCGAACUUCGACCCCGAAUUCACAAAUGCUAUGGAACUGAACAACUCGCUCAAUCUCCGCGCCGCAAACCUCGCCAACGGCCUCAUGCCAGCCUCCACUCCCUUGUCCCCCGGGAUGCAAGCCAAUUUCAAGGGCUUCACUUUCGUGAAUGAAAGCUCUAUCGACCACCAUCUUAUGGACGACAGCGAUCAUAUGGAAGAGGACGCCAUGCGCGACGAUCACUGGCAACGAGGCCACCGGUCGGGCAACUCGGUCGACCAGCGCAUGACAGGCGUCCACAAGACUCAUGACGGCACGGAACCCGGGAUUUUCAACGUUGAUGAUACCUUUGACAUGUGA